AUCGAGUCAGCAUGAAUAAGUCUAUACUAUUUCAUGCUGUUGAUGUUGUAAUAUAGAGAGGAGAAGAGGAAGCGAGGCAAAGAGGUUUUUACCUUUAAAAAUGGCGGCUACUUCUUCAUGGAACCUCUUGAUCACUCCAAAUAAACCAACUACUUCAUCUUUCUCGUGGAAACACUCCGUCUCUUAUCCUUUCACCACUGCCUACUUUCGCCGAUGCCAAAACAGAACCACUAAAAGACUCGUAAUUGUUGCUGCUAUGCUGGACGCCAAGCCGACCGUCCUUGUCGCCGAGAAGCUUGGAGAUGCCGGCCUAGAACUCCUCAGAAAAUUUGCAAAUGUCGACUGCUCUUAUAACCUUAGCCCAGAGGAAUUAUGUACUAAAAUUUCACUAUGUGAUGCGUUAAUUGUGAGGAGUGGGACUAAAGUUACUCGCGAGGUGUUUGAACGGUCUGGGGGGAGGUUAAAGGUCGUGGGUCGGGCUGGUGUUGGAAUAGACAAUGUUGAUUUGUCCGCAGCAACUGAACACGGGUGUUUGGUGGUCAAUGCGCCAACAGCGAAUACCAUUGCCGCUUCCGAGCAUGCGAUUGCAUUGCUUACUGCCAUGUCCAGAAACAUAGCGCAAGCUGAUGCGUCCGUUAAAGCAGGCAAGUGGCAGAGAAACAAAUAUGUAGGGGUGUCACUUGUGGGGAAGAUACUUGCUGUGAUAGGGUUUGGAAAGGUUGGAUCAGAAGUCGCUAGGCGUGCCAAGGGUCUUGGUAUGCAGGUGAUUGCACAUGAUCCUUAUGCCCCUGCAGACCGGGCUCGUGCCAUAAGUGUGGAGUUGACAAGCUUUGAAGAAGCCAUAUCAUCAGCCGAUUUCAUCUCUCUGCAUAUGCCCCUUACCCCUGCUACAUCAAAAAUGUUCAAUGAUGAGACUUUCUCAAAGAUGAAGAAAGGUGUCCGAAUUGUCAAUGUCGCUCGUGGUGGAGUCAUUGAUGAGGAAGCUCUAGUUAGGGCUCUGGAUUCUGGGAUUGUUGCUCAGGCCGCUCUUGAUGUAUUUACUGAAGAACCCCCACCAAAGGAUAGCAAGUUGGUGCUGCAUGAAAAUGUGACUGUAACUCCUCAUCUUGGUGCUAGCACUGCAGAAGCGCAGGAAGGUGUGGCCAUUGAAGUAGCAGAAGCUGUUGUUGGGGCUUUGAAAGGGGAGCUUGCCGCCACUGCAGUGAAUGCACCUAUGGUUCCUGCUCAGGUUCUUUCAGAACUCGCACCAUUUGUUACACUUGCAGAAAAGCUAGGGAGGCUGGCUGUGCAACUGGUUGCAGGUGGAAGUGGUGUGAAAUCAGUGAAGGUGACUUAUGCUUCUGCUAGAGGGCCAGACGAUCUAGAUACACGACUGCUUCGAGCCAUGAUUAUCAAAGGUUUAAUUGAACCUGUCUCUAGUGUUUUUGUGAACCUGGUAAACGCUGAUUUCACUGCUAAACAGAGAGGAAUAAGGAUAGCAGAAGAGCGCAUUGUAUUGGACGGUUCACCUGAAAGUCCACUAGAAUUCAUCCAGGUUCAAAUUGCCAAUGUUGAAUCUAAAUUUGCCAGCGCAAUGUCAGAGUCUGGUGAGAUUAAAGUGGAGGGAAGAGUAAAAGAUGGGAAGCCUCAUCUUACCAUGGUAGGAUCGUUUGGGGUUGAUGUUAGCCUGGAAGGCAGCAUCAUACUGUGCAGACAGGUUGAUCAACCAGGUAUGAUCGGUAAAGUCGGCAGUAUCCUUGGUGAGGAGAAUGUAAAUAUAAGCUUCAUGACUGUUGGGAGAAUUACUCCACGAAAACAGGCAGUUAUGACUAUUGGUGUAGAUGAGGAACCCAGCAAACAAGCAUUGAAGAGAAUUGGCGAAGUAUCAGCUGUUGAAGAAUUUGUUUUCGUCAAGUUAUAGUCUUACAGUCAAAAUGAUGCCCAGUGUUGGGAAAACGUCUUAGCUAGUAAUUAUUUCAAGAUUGAUUGGUGUUGUGUUCAUAGUUCUUUUGAUCAAUUGACAUUCAUUUGUCGAGUUUCAUUUUGUAAUUAGAUAACCCUUUCAUUGAAGAAUAGGCUUGCUUCUGUACUUUUGCUCCAUUGAUCAUUCAGGUGUUUGGGCCUCUAGUGGACUUCAUAAGGCCUUUCUAUAAGUUAGAAGCCUGAGAAAGAGAUAAGCUUUCUGUUUUUUACGUAGCUAUUACUGUUACUUGCCUAAUAUGAAAGUUUUUUUGCCGUGCAAAAAAGAAUUACUUUGCGUUUGGCAGUUUUGAAGAGCACAAAUUUUAACGUGUCCAUCUGCCAGAGACUCUCAGUCAUGAAGCAAAGCUGGAGCAGCCACAGCAUAUCGUACGUGUCCUCAAGUAUCGCUAUCAGCAAAGGGUAUAAGUCUUGAAUGAGGAAAGGGGAACUGAAAGAGUAAACGAAGAAGGUGCAAUAGAAACCAAGGUGGAUACGGUAGAUUACCGAUCAUCAGCAGCGCAAGAGGAACCCAACAAGGAGAAGGUAGGGGUGGUUCACCUUACUCGCCAGAAGAGGGAUUCCGGCAGCGGAGAUGGCAUCUUGGCGAGAACAGCUGCUGCAGUGACAAAUACCUUAAGGUCUGCUAAGGAUGCUGUCGUGGGUAGAGGCAAGGACAAGGAUAGCACCAACAAUUGAUUCAUAAAGCAGAGAGAUAAUAUGAGUAUGCUCCUUUUAUAUAAUAUGUGAAAUAUUUGGUAGCCAAUAGAACAGUAAAUGCUAUGGAAGAAAAAUCAUUAAGAGCUGCUUUGGUUUGGUUUAAGCAAAUAUUGUGUACUACUAAAAAUUAUGUAAGUCUUCAGUAUAAUAUAAUACAUAUUUACACAUUAAAA